GCACGUCAUGUGGCAAGAGUGUGCACGAUGCUGCAGGAGCCCAAAGUUCACCGGUCCGCGGUGCUCUUAUCAGAGUGUUUGAAGUCUAACCAGGUCACCGGUGCCCAGUAAGACCACGCCGUGCAGGCCGGGAAGCAGAGCCAGCAGGCGGACAAGCGUGUCCAAGGCGGACCGGGAGCUCGGAAGUCACCGCUGUACCAGGAGCGCGGAAAAGCCAUGGCCGAGAAGCGGAUGUCUCGGUGGUAUUUCGGGGGUUUGGCGUCGUGCGGAGCCGCCUGCUGCACGCAUCCUCUGGACCUGCUGAAGGUACACCUGCAGACACAGCAGGAAGUGAAGAAGAGGAUGGUGGGGAUGGCCAUUCAUGUGGUGAAGAGCGAUGGCGUGCUGGCUCUUUACAGUGGCCUCUCUGCCUCCCUGUGUAGACAGAUGUCCUAUUCCCUCACCAGAUUUGCAAUCUAUGAGACAGUGAGGGACAUGUUGGGCAGCACAAGCCAGGGCCCGAUGCCCUUUUACCAGAAGGUCCUGCUGGGAGCCUUCGGAGGUUUCACUGGUGGGUUUGUUGGCUCGCCAGCAGACAUGGUGAAUGUCAGGAUGCAAAAUGACAUGAAACUACCACCAGAACUGAGGAGAAACUACAAACAUGCCAUCGAUGGGCUCUACAGAGUCUUUAGAGAAGAGGGUCUGAGGAGGCUGUUCUCAGGAGCCACCAUGGCCUCCAGCAGAGGAGCGAUGGUCACUGUGGGACAGUUGGCGUGUUAUGACCAGGCCAAGCAGCUCGUGCUGGGAACAGGCAUGAUGGGAGACAACAUACUCACACACUUUGUUUCCAGCUCCAUUGCCGGAGGCUGUGCUACAUUCUUGUGUCAACCUCUGGAUGUCAUGAAGACGAGGCUGAUGAGCUCAAAGGGAGAGUACACAGGGGUGAGUCAUUGCUUAAGAGAAACUGCCAAGCUUGGUCCUUCGGCGUUUUACAAGGGUCUCGUCCCCGCAGGGAUCCGCUUGAUUCCUCACACAGUGCUCACCUUCAUCUUCCUCGAGCAGCUCAAGAAAUACUUUGGCAUUCGCAUCAUCUCCUGAGCGCGCUCCGUGACGAGCUGCCCUUCACCCCCCCCCCACACACACACACACACACACACACACACACACACACACACACACACACACACACACACACACCACCAACGACGACACUGCCACUCAUCGCUCUAUUCUCGGGCAUUUACCAGAAAAGAAGGGAAGAAAGGGAGUCAUGUACGGUUUAUUUUGGAUUUGUGCAUGUUUUUCUUCUUCUUUUUGCUCUACCUCCAGCUACCAAUGGCUUUGAUUAUUAUGAGCAUCAACUUCUAGGAAGAAUAAACACUAACAGAACAAACAGUCGAUUUCCUCGAUCAGCUUAGAUUAUCAACAUGAUGAUAAGAAUGAUCAUGCUUAAUAUUAAAGUGCUUUAAUGGGGUUAUUAGAGUGAACUGCCGGAUUUAGAGAGAAGAUUAGAAUUAGCCCUAGCAGAUGUUCGAUGUAGUUGUCCAGUGUAUUUCAGGUGGGGUUAGUUAGACGUAUUAAGAUAAAAUGUUAAUUUUAACUAAUUCCAAAUAAUUUUUUUCAUGUUUUAUUUCUUUGUACUUAGGCUUGGUUCACCAGCGGUGCACAGCGCCUUCAGGGCUCAACGAUUGUGGCUUAAAAAGUUAGCGUCAGGAAUGUGUUUCCUAUUAGUCCUCUGCAACAGAUUAUUGGUGUGAUAUAAGGCCGGGACAGAGUUUGUGAUACAGCGGAAGAACUAAACGCAAACAAACAGUGUAGCCUUGUCACCAGUGCCAUCCUUUCAAAUCUAAACUAUUUCCCAAAAAGCCAAUAAUAAUAAAACAUGACUGAACAAUCUGUUAUGUUAUGACAUAGUAAUCAUUCCCAACAGUGGUGACCAUAUGUGAUACUCCUGGAAUUAAAAAAAAAGAAAAUAUAUAUAUAUACAUUUUUUUUGCUUUUUCUUCACUAAAUUAAUGUUUUCUAACUGGAAAUCAACUACUAGCAAGUUAAAAUGUUGUUAACUUUGACCCGACACUUCAUUCCGAAUUACUCUUUAAUCGUUUCACGCUUAAAUCUUUCGCAGGACCAAGUUUGUUUUGUCUUGUGUUUUUUAAGUAGGGAGGUAGUUUGUGUGGAAACUGUGAAGCAGAGAGAGCAGACUGGUGAAGGUACAUUUGUUAGUGUCUCUAUUAGUUUUCCGGUCCAUGUGAAAUGCUGUAUGACCACUUAAACUCUUAAAAAGUUGUUACUGUAUGAAUAGAGAUGUCUGUAGAGGACUGCUGGACUGUAAAAGUGUAAAUGUAGCAAUUCCAUCCGCAAUGUUACUGUUUCGUUUAGCUGAGCGCAUGUCAGACUUUAUGACUCAGGAUGCUACUCUGUUUUAAAAGGCACUUUAUUAAAAUCCCCGGACUCUGUACUGACUAACCUGCUGCAUACUGUAACGUUCUGAAAGUUCAAAAAAAAAAAAAAAAAAAAAAAUGAUAUCAGAUGUUUUGAGUUCACAAUGUUAACAGUUCCACUUGAGGCCAAUGUGUAAUGUAUUUGACAUGUUGCAUGCCAGUUAUUGUCCAAUGAUAAGUUUGGCCUUGUUCCAGUGAUAUGAUGCAUUCUCUGUGCUGUGCCUGCUCUCUUGACGGAGACCUCGCCAAGUCACGUUGCCUUACAGUGUGUGUCCUCCAGGGGGCGGUAUAGUAGCGUGUGAAUGAUAUCGAUGCAAACAACCUGAACUAUGCUCUCUUGGGCGUCCUGUGAAGCCCUGCACCUUCAUCCAAUGAUGAAUAAAUAAUACAAUAAAGAAUUGAGCCACAAGCUCAGAGCAACCUCACAUAAUGUGAACCUGCAUGUUCAAAACCAUGAGGUACUGUAGAUCAGCCAUAGUGACUAAUGUUAACCCCAGCUUUAUUCAUAUGCACAGACAUGUAACUGGAGGGGACCUACAGUUCUGGGUGCUGUGAAUUUAUAUUAUGUAGAUUACCAAUUGUUGAUUUAGGAAUUAAAAUACUAAUGAGAAAUGUG